AUGCGUCAGACCCACAACAUCUCCGACAGGAGCAUUGACUCGGGGCUCAUCCCACCGCAUCUCCUAGACGGUAGCGUACCCCCUCCACAGGGGAAGAGGGCUACCAGCCUGGACUACUUCCCGCCGUGCGUGCGACCUGCCACCGUUCCCGCUAUCCGCAUGGGGCACCAAUACAGGCUGAUCCGGGACACUCCCGCGAAGCGGCUGGAAGCUUACAAGAGAGGAGCUGUGCUUCGAGAUGGGCCCGUCCGCAUCGUCAGCGCAGAUUAUCACUGGCUGCACGCCAUCUGUGGGCAACAGCCACGGCCGCUCCCGACCGGGAAUGAUCAGCAAUCGGAGAGCGGUUCUAUCCCGUUGCACACCUCAAAGGACCGGACGUUCAUGAAGAAGAGCGCGCACAGGAAUCCUCGGGGCAUCUCUCGCAAUGUCUUGGGCGGCUUCUGCACGUCCUAG